CCCUUUAACGUGUGGAAGUGACGUUCCCCUUUAAGGCAGAAGCGGCUGCGGUGUUGUCACUGGGCUGAAUUUCUGUCGGACGAAUGAAUUUAUUAGCUCCUUAAAGCUGUUCAGGAUCUGAUUGGGGGCUUUGAGGUUCUCCAGCUUCAUCUCAGUGUGUGUUUUAACGGCGCUUCUCGGAGCUGCUCGGCGAUGUUCGGGCUUGUUUUGUGCUUCUUGUUUUUGCUGAGCAUUACCGGCCCGGUUCUCGGUUACUUUCCCGAGGAGCGCUGGAGUCCCGAAUCCCCUCUUCUGGCUCCGAGGGUCGUCGUUGCUCUCAUCUGCCGGAAUUCGGCCCACUCCCUGCCGUACUUCCUCGGAACCAUUGAACGCUUGAACUACCCGAAGGACCGCAUUGCGCUUUGGGUUGCGACUGAUCAUAAUGCGGACAAUACGACGUAUCUGCUCCGAGAUUGGCUGGUCAGCGUACAGAAGCUGUACCACUAUGUGGAGUGGAGACCUAAAGAGCAGCCCAGUGCCUACGACGAUGAGGAAGGACCCAAACAAUGGACGAGCGACCGGUAUGCUCACGUGAUGAAGCUGCACCAGGCUGCGCUGGAAUCGGCCCGAGAGAUGUGGGCUGACUAUUUACUGGUGGUUGACUGUGACAACCUCUUGGUCAACCGGGAUGUGUUGUGGAAGCUGAUUAAAGAAAACAAGACCAUCGUUGCGCCGAUGCUGGAGUCCCGAGCUGCUUAUUCCAACUUCUGGUGUGGGAUGACCGCUCAGGGUUACUAUAAGCGCACACCUGCGUACAUCCCCAUACGCAAGCAGAUGAGGAAAGGCUGCUUUGCCGUGCCCAUGGUUCACUCCACCUUUCUGAUAGAUCUUCGAAAAGAAGCGUCUAGUCUCCUCGCCUUUCACCCUCCGCAUGAUGACUACACCUGGGCCUUCGACGACAUUAUAGUGUUUGCCUUCUCAGCCCGAAUGGCAGAGGUGCAGAUGUUCGUAUGUAACAAAGAGGUGUAUGGGUUUCUACCAGUUCCCCUGCGCUCCCAUAACACGCUACAGGACGAAACUGACAGCUUCCUUCACACUGUCCUGGAGGUCAAUGUGCGACAUCCUCCUGUCGAGCCCUCCAGGUAUCUCCGACCUCCCUUCAGACAGCCUGAUAAGUUGGGCUUCGAUGAGGUGUUCAUGAUAAACCUGCAGCGGCGGGCUGAUCGGCGAGUGCGCAUGCUCAGAGCGCUCCGCCUGCAGGGGAUCGACUGCAAGAUCAUGCCUGCUGUCGAUGGCAAAGCCAUGAACGUGAGCGAGAUCCACAGUAUGGGGAUCCACAUGCUUCCAGGCUACAGCGAUCCCUACCACGGCCGACCUCUGACCAAAGGAGAGCUUGGCUGCUUCCUGUCUCAUUACAACAUCUGGAAAGAGAUUGCCGAGCGUGGCCUGAAGACCUCCCUGGUGAUCGAGGAUGAUUUGCGGUUCGAGAUUUUCUUCAAACGGCGCCUGAAGAACCUGAUGAGUGAGGUGGAGAGAGAGGGGCUCGACUGGGACCUCAUUUACAUCGGGAGAAAGAGGAUGCAGGUGGACCAUCCGGAAAAAGCCGUGCCAAACAUACACAACCUGGUGGAGGCGGAUUAUUCGUACUGGACGCUGGGUUAUAUGAUGUCACUGCAAGGAGCCAAAAAGCUGCUGAAGGCUGAACCACUGAAAAAGAUGCUGCCUGUGGACGAAUUUCUUCCUGUCAUGUUCAAUAAACAUCCUGUCUCAGACUACAUGGAGCAGUUUGAGACGCGAGACCUGAAGGCGUUCUCGGCCGAGCCCUUGCUCGUCUUCCCCACUCACUACACGGGCGAGGCAGGUUAUAUCAGCGACACGGAGACGUCCACCGUGUGGGACAACGACAGCGUGCGCACAGACUGGGACAGAAAACGUUCGCGUAAGACUCACGAACAGGAUAAGAUCAGCACGGAGGCUCAGAACACGGACGUGCUGCAAUCUCCUCUGGACAGCACGGCGAGGGAUGAGCUAUGAGACACGAUCCGUUACAGAGAGGGAGAAGAUUCUCCACAGGAUCACCUUUUUAUUAACUUUACAACACUGUUUGUGCCUUUUGACUGACCAAAAGAAAGACUUUUUUUUCAAGUGUUGGGGGUUUCUUUUCCUAAUCCUAAAACUCUGUCACAGUCUCUGUGUCGCUGUCUCUCUAGAAGAUCAUGUGACCCUGUGAUUUAAGCACUCUUUUCUUUUCCUGCUUAUCUGGUCCACUUAUUUCAGUCCUACAACUAAAUCUUUCAGUGACAUGCAAGAGUCGUAGAUUCGGUUUAUUCGGCACUAUUAGGUUCUAUUAGUACUAUUAGUUAUGUUAAGGCAAUCUUUCCUUCUUUCAUUUUUUUUUUUGCAUGAUAAAUCUUUUGUUUGCUUGUUUUUUUUUUUUUUUUUUUUGUCCAUGCGCAGUGGAACAGCAUGUUUUGUCUUACUGUAUUUUAUAUUUCAUCACCAUCUGUGCAAAUUAUCAUCAUAAAAACACUCCAUCAAUCCCCUCCUGAGAAGAGGUAGUUGUACACGCAGUUGGAUUUUACAUGUAAAAAAAGAUCAUGCGUGAAAAAGAAUUGUAAUUGAAGAAAUCGUGUUGAAUCGCAAUGCUGUGUACCUGAUAUGCCUUAAAAAAAUUUUAAUGAAACACCACUGGGUUACAAUGUGGCCUUUAACCUGUGUUUUUAGAGCUCAAAGAUUUAUUUUAUUUAGAAGAUUGUAGUCAUAGAGGUUAUUUCUGGUCAUAAUAAUAAUAAUAAUAAUAAUAAUAAUAAUAUAUAUAUAAAACUAUAAAAAAACACAUAUUGUUGUCCGAUCAGGUGGCAGCAGCACAAUAAAAUAAAAUCAUACAUGUCAAGUGCUUCAUUUAAUCUUAAUUAAAUUUCAGAAUGAAGAAAAGUCUGAUCUUUAAAAUAAAUUUUCUUGUAAAUGGCGAA